UCUUAACGGAUUUUUGGCUAUGGCGACGAUGUCUCUAGCCCCAGGCGCUAGCGGCGUGGAGGCGCUGUGCUCGCCGGGCAAGAGCUGGCGCGGGCAUGGAUUCCAGAGCUGUAGAUCAGGCCUCGUCAGGUUCCGGAGGAGAGAAUGCGCGAUUCAGGGCUCGGCAAUCACUCCGCCGCCUCCAUCGCCAGCUCUUCUCUACGCAUUGGCAUCGCCCGGGAUGAGAGCCGCUACCCCGGCGAGGAGCUACGAUCUUCCAUUCCUCAAGGGCAGUGAGGAGAAUACAAUCAGGGCAGCAAAGAAAGGGGCUCCGCUAAUGGCUCCAGCCGUGAUUACUCCAGCAGGAAUCGCCGACCUUACGAGCAUCAUGCUUCGCAGUAGGAUUAUCUUCAUCGGCCAACCGAUCAAUUCGCAAGUAGCCCAGCGCGUCAUCUCGCAGCUCGUGAUGCUUGCGGCCAUCGACGAAGAAAAAGAUAUCCAGCUCUAUAUCAAUUGUCCUGGAGGAAGCACUUACUCCGUUCUUGCCAUCUACGAUUGCAUGUCUUGGAUCAAACCAAGAGUGGGCACUGUGUGCUUCGGCAUGGCCGCAAGUCAAGGAGCUUUGAUUCUAGCCGGUGGAACGAAAGGCCUGCGUUUUGCGAUGCCAAACUCCAGAGUCAUGAUCCAUCAACCUCAAGGAGGCUGUGGUGGAACGAUGGAGGAUGUGAGAAGGCAAGUGAAUGAAGUGGUAGCAUCACGAGAUAAAAUCGAUAAGAUGUACUCGGCUUUCACUGGGCAGCCACUGGAGAUAGUCCAAACAUACACAGAGCGUGACCAUUUUUUCUCGGCAGCCGAGGCUAUGGAAUUUGGAUUGAUCGACGGCUUGCUCGAAACGGAGUACUAAACAAACGCUCUCCCACAAAGUAUCAAACAGGAUUUCCUACACACCAUUGACUGAUCGGAUGGAUGCUUGCAGCCUCUCAUCAAAAGUGAAGCUUCAUCAAAAAUAAAUAUAAGCAACAAAAGUUCCAAGUGAA